CUCAUUCCAGAGGCGGGGCAGGGUUAGGCUGAGCAGGAUAAAAGGCAAGGUGGGGGGAGGAGGUAGCUCAGUUGUCCAGGGCUAAGGGAGAGUAGAGGAGGAGGAGAACUUCUGGGAGCUCUGCUGGGCCAGGGGAAGAUAGGGCCCCGAAAGGAGCUCAAGGCAGACCCUAGUCAUGGCCCGACUCCUCCACUCAAUGCUCGACUCCCCAGGAGGGGAAUCAAUCUCCCAUCCUCCGAUGGAUGCCUCAGACGCAGGUUGCGCCCCUGUGCCAAGGACCAGACGUCGGAAACGCACCACAUUCAGCCGGGGGCAGCUGCUCGAGCUGGAGAGGGUGUUUGCAGCCCGGCCUUACCCAGAUAUUGGCACCCGAGAGCGGUUGGCACGGCUCACCCGUCUUCCUGAGGCCAAGAUCCAGGUUUGGUUUCAGAACCGCCGGGCCCGAAGAAUCAAGAGCAGGAAGCCAGAAGGGUUGAGUGCCUGGACCAAAGACCCUAGGGGAACCCUUCCUCCGGCCAAUAACCCUCUGCAUCCCCAGGACCCUGAGAGCUGGGGACACUCCUCACCACAUGACAGUGACCCCAACUCAGGCCAGCUGCCCUUCUGUCCCACUCCUGGCCUGGCCCCGGGGCACAGUGGUAUGAGGGUCAAGGUAUUGGGCCCUGGGGGGGUAGGUCCACCUGGGGCGGUGUCCAAGUCUCCAGGGCCACUCCACCGAUGGGAACGUGGUGCCACCCAGACCUCUCUGGGAAGCCUCUCUGACCUUAUCUAUAAUGCGGCCAUCGUCACCAACUUGGAUGACCCCUAAUCUCGGACAUGGAGAUCUUCCCUCUUCUCAUCCUAGGAUGAACUCUUUUUUCCUUGACUCUGGAAACCCUCCACAUCAGUUGCCAAUUCCUGGCUCAGGCCACUUCCUUAGAUAAGAGUUACUUGAGGGAGAAAAGUCUGACUUGGGUUUCCUUUCUCCUUUUCCGAUCAUUUCCAAGACCCAGUAAGGAGAGCUGGGCGGAGAAUAUAUAUGGGGAAGUCCAAGGGCCUGGAAUCAGCUAAAGGCGCCUGCAUGCGUAGGCCCAGGGCUAAUCCCUUAAGGAUGGAAUGGUCUUUUGCAAACAGGCCAGGCCUAUCCCUAGGAGGCCAAGACUUCUCAAUGCACCGUCCUGGACCUGGGAGCAUAGACGUCAGUGACACUGCGCUUCAUCAGAAUCACCCAGGGAUCUAGCAGCCAACUAGUACAACCUAGGAAUCCCCAGUAUCACAUACUACAUAUCACACACUAUAUCUCAUGACUAUUGUCCCCUGCAGCUGGAUGACCAUGGUUGAGAGAUCCCUUUGGGACGGAUUGGGUGAGUAGGUGGUCCUUUGUAAUUCCCAAUUUCCUCAACUCUCCAGCCAGGCUAACCCUUGCUGGUGACCCCCCAUCCCCAUCCAGUCACAUUUCCUCUCUCUGAAGGCAGAUGUCCACUUCCCUCUCACCCCCUCCCCAACAUUACUUAAUUAAAAUCCAAAUGUAAAGCAGAGAGAGCUGGGCAAUUAGAAUGCUCUCCCCAUCUCUCUGCCUUCCAGCUGGUGGAGAUAGCAGCUGGUCCAUGGAUGCUGUGGCCCAGUUCACAGAGGGUUAACCUUCCCUUCCCACAUCCCCACCCCCUCUCCCCAAUGGACAAAUUAAUCUGGACCAUGGCACCUCUGUGACCAGAGGGAGAAAUAUCAUUUUUCCUGCAGACGGAAUAUUAUUAAAGUAAUAACGAGAAAUUCAGGGCUCUGAGCUUAUCUGGAUUUGAUUUAGAACUGCUCUGACCCCGAGUUCCAAGGCCCACCUGCACCAGCCGGAGGAUCCUGUACAUAAUGGGGUGUGGGAAAGGGAGGGCAGUGUGUUUCUGCCCAUCCAUCAGCUGUAAUACCAACUAAUCUCCCAAAUAAAACCAAACCCCUCUACCUUAA